UGCCACUGCACUGCUCUCUCUCUCUCUCUCUCUCUCUCAGUUCAUUUGUUCCCAACGGCGUAGAGAGGGGGGGGCGGGGGCGAAGAGAGAAAGAGAGAGAGAGAGAGAGAUUCAAAAGCGAUUUGCUUUUUGCACAGAGAGAGAGAGAGAGAGAGAGAAAGCGUUUCUUUUUGAGGUUUCGGCUGAUGCUUUCACAACGUCUCUGUUCAAUCCAUCCUUCUCCUUCCUCCUUCCUCCUUCCUCCUUCCGUUCCUCUUUUGUACGGUUCCAGAUUCGUCCAUUUUUCCAGUGCCAGAGUAUUUGAUAUGAUCAUCUCUGUCCUGAAAGGAAAUAGCUUCAUCUUCUAGUGGUCCAUUAUAUAAACAUGGAUAAAGCAUCACCAGAUUGUCCAUACCCUGGAUGUUUCUUUUGUGUCAUGAAGGAAGGGAAUCCAAGUAAGCGCAGAGCAAGUAUACUGAAAUUCUUUCGGGAACUUCCUACACAGGAUGAUGACGGCCAGGUUCUCCCUAUCAGUGGACUUUGGAACACUGCCAUGGCACAUCCUAAUGAUCCUGAGUUCAUUGAGCUGGGAAUAUUUGAAUGCAUGUCAGCCUUAAUUUGGAAGGGGUUGAAGAAUCGCAGAUGGCUUUCUCAUGACCAAAAUAUAUACAUUCCCUACUAUGCAGCUCAUAUAAUUGGAUCCUACACCAUGAAUAUGGAAGAAUUUGCUGAGAGAGCAGUGCGUGCUGGGGUUAUCCCACCCUUGGUUGAACUUUUAAGAGGGAGAUUAACCUGGGUUGAGCAGAGAGUGGCUGUGCGAGCUCUUGGCCACUUGGCUACAUAUGCUAGCACUUUUCCUGCUGUAGCAAGUCAUGGUGAGAUCCUUGAGCUUUCCAUUCAACUAGCGAUGAGUUCACUUGAAAUUGUAUACUCUCACUUUUACCAGUAUGUUGACAGAAGGCUAAGUUACCACUGUGACUUACUUACACGUGGAAUGGGUGGUGUUGAAAUGGAGUCCAGGAAGGCAGAGGAAUGGGCUAGUCAGUUGCAGUGCUGGUCCCUUCAACUUAUUAAUUGCUUUGCUUUCAAGCAAGAGUUUCUUUCAAUUAUAUGCAAACCUGAGUUCUUGAUAAAACUUCCUGGCAUGUGGGGCGGACUAGUUAAUGAGAGCUCACCAGCUGGUAUUGGUUUAUUACGAACAAUAUGUCAUCACAAGAGUGGUAGGGGACCAGUUGCUAGCUGUUCUGGUAUUACUGAAGCCCUGUGUAAUAUAGCAUGCUCAUCUGAUGAUUGGCAGUAUAUGGCUAUUGACUGUCUUCUGUGGUUGCUUCAAGAUCCAAAUACUUGUCAUAAGGUGAUGGAUAAGGCAGUACCUGCACUAGUGGACCUUGCAGAGAUCUCAACAUUGGGGGAUCAUAAAAAGCUUGGGGAUUCCAUUGUUAAUGUUCUUCAGGAAUGUAUCCAAUUACAAGGGACAGGACGUAACUCUCUUAGUAGCCACACAAAGGAACUGAUUGAGGAAAUCUUGAAUUCUAGACAAAGAUUAAAAUGGGAAAAGAACAUGCCAAAAGAGGAUCUCCAUAUCAAACAGGCAGCAGCACUAGUAGUAAAGCUUGAAGGAAAUUCUUUGUUCUCAUCAGGAAAUAUAUCAGGAGCAGCAUCAAAGUAUUCCGAAGCAUUGGCACUGUGUCCAAUGCGAUCCAAGAAAGAGAGAGUUGUUCUGUACAGUAAUCGAGCUCAGUGUCACCUUUUAUUGCAACAACCCUUGGCUGCCAUAAGUGAUGCUACACGUGCAGUUUGUCUUCAUAACCCUGUCAACCGUCAUGCCAAAAGCCUUUGGAGAAGAGCUCAGGCAUAUGACAUGCUUGGAUUAGCUAAAGAAAGCUUGCUAGAUGCUAUUCUUUUCAUAAAUGAGUGCUCUCAGUCUACUGAUCCUGACCUAUCCUUGAGGCAAAACAAGGUUCCUGACUACGCUGAGCGUUUAGUCAAGAAACAGAUGCGUGCAGCUUGGUUAUUCAGAGAGGCUGCCAUUAAGCAUGGGGGUGUUCAUGGCGAGGGUGAUGCUGGUGACAUCUAUGGCCAAGAGACUGAUGAUUCUGAAUGGGAGACAGCCAGUGAAAGUGAUGUGGGAAAUGAUGCAAGGGAUGAAAUGGGCAAUGAUGAUUGUGAAUGAAGAAUGAGGAUCAAGGAGAGACAAGAAUAAUAAACCCUCUAUGAAAAGCAAGCGUGGGGUACAGUUUUGCAGCUUAUCAAACAUCAGCCAUGAACUUUCAAUGAUCCGAGCCAAUCUUUAAUGGGGCGAGCUAACAUGGAUGAUAUGGCUCGAGAAUGGAGCAGCUUUGCGAGUUUGGCCUCUUAGAGAUGCCGGCAGCCCUUAUUGUCUUUGUUUAAUUUCAUCGGUGACUGCAUGGGGAGGACAUUUUUCUUGGUUGUGUUUGAACUUGUGUCGUAUAUUUGGUGCUUUCUUCUUUUCUUCCCUAUCUGUUAAUUUAUUUGAGGAAACGAAAGAAAAAAAUGUCCAGAGGUUGUGAAGUAUUUCUUUUUUGUUUGUUUUGUAAUUGAUGAGUGAUUCAAUGGGCUUGUGUACAUAAUCCCUCAAGGGCAUUUUGAUUUUUUAAGUGUCAAAACUAUACCUAUAUGAGUGACAAUUAUCAUAUUCUGAUGGUAUUUCUGUGC